AUGGACCCAGCGGACAUCUGUGAGGAUUUUUGGGAGUUCAGCACUCGUGUGACUAUUCUCCAUGGACAGUGGAAAAUCUAUUCUGCGUGCAGACAGGAGAGUGAGAAGGAGUCGGUUGGAGUUCAGCUGGACCGGAAUCUUUCUGCAUACCUGGCUUACAUGGAGGGAUUGUCGGAGGAUUUGAAAGGCUUCGUCUGCACCGUGUUGCCAAAGCAGCAGCCCCCCAGCAUGCAGACUGAAUUACUCCAGCGCCUCUGUGACGCAGCUCUCCCUAUGCCAGCUAUAGGAGUUGGCGUGUUGAGUCUCCCGCCUGUCUCCAUGUCCAUGUCAUCGCAGCAGCAGACAAUGCUCUGGAGAGACCGCCCUGCCAUCUGUGGUUGCCAUGCCGCCACCUGCCACGCCUCAGCCAGAGGACGACGCCGCACCUGCUGGCCCUGCCACGCCUCAGCCAGAGGACGACGCCGCACCUGCUGGCCCUGCCACGCCUCAGCCAGAGGACGACGCCGCACCUGUUGGCCCUGCCACGCCUCAGCCAGAGGACGACGCCGCGCCAGCUGGAGGUUCAGCCGAGCCUGUCCAGCAUCCUGCCACAUCUGCUGCAGCGCCACCACCUGCGGCUUCCACGCCGUCGCCUGCAGCGCCAUCACCUGGUCCACCACCUGCGGCUUCCACGCCAUUCGCCUGCAGCGCUACCACUAUCUGGUCCUGCCACGCCUGGUCCUGCCUCGACUCAGCCAGAGGUCGUCGCCACGCCUGGUCCUGCCUCACCGGCUAAGCCAAGUGCACCACUCCCUACAUCCGCUGCCAAGCCACGUCCAGGUUCAGCAUGGCUGUUUCUGGGGCCUGUCAAAACAGCCUGUCCACGGAGACCCACCAAACCACCUGAGGGGUCACGUCCACAUCCAUACUACCGUCGACCGCCCGCCAAGCCGCCCGAUGGUCUUCACACACGCCCACGUCGCCACCGGCCGUCAGCCAAGCUAUCCAAGUGUGGUCAGCCAAGCCUGCUUUGCCACUGCCACCUUCCACAUGGUCGGCCUGUUAUGCUGUCGACCUCCAGAGUUUCUGUGUCAGGGAGGUAAGUGAAGGUUUCAGAAGGCUGAGUGGGUGGAGAGUGGAUGGGCAGGUGAGUUUUCCAGGUGAGUUUUCCAGCUCUGUUACAAGUAAGUCCUUUCCAAACAGCAGACAAUGAGAGAAUCCUUCAGGUUUCAGGUAACUCAAGUCCACAGAGCUAUGAGCAGACACAAGAGAACAUGGUGAGGUAACAGAAGCUACAAGCACAAACUCAUAAGUCAUAAAUUAAGAGCUGAAUUUCCACCAGAAUGAAGACAACAAUCUGAGAGGUCACCAACACUACAAGCACCAACCAGCUUGCAGCCAAAGCUCUGCACAGCCCCAUCAGCACUGAGUCCCCAGCCUCACUCAGACUGCUGCCAAAGCUCUGCUGGAGGUGGGAGUUGAAGAUCACCUGAACCACUUUGAUACGCCAGGCCUGUCCAGUAUUCUCCCCCACCACCUGACUCAACUCACCCCCAGAUGGUGAUCAGAUGACAGCUCAGCUCCUCUCUUCACCAGAGUGUCCAGAACAUACUGCUGCAGACCUGAUGAUGCAAUUACAGAGUCAGACAUCCACCGAUACUGUGGUUAGCACACAAGUCCAGUAAAACAGAAACCACCAUUCUGUCACUCUGACACAUAAAGUCCUCAGAAGCACAACAGAGUUACCAGAUGAUGCAGCGUCCAGGAUCCUGCUCAGAGACCUCAAGAAGGCCAGGCACAAAGUACCAGAGCAGGACAAUGAUGAAGGAGAGCAUCAUCAUCUGAUGUGAUGAAUUCAAGGAGAAUAAAUGGAAUAAGCAUGAGAUGGUCUUCCUGGUUGGACUUUUAGCUUCAUGUGAGAGAUUUUACCUUAAAGAGAUAAACCUCUGUUACUCUGUUUAUUUGGCUUCUGCUGCAUUUUUGCAUGUCCUCAUCCACUAAAUAUAAAAUAGUGUAAAUGAGCAGCUUUUGAUGUUUGACAGUUUUUAUUGUGUCUGAACGUUCCUACAGUUGGUUUGUGGUUGAUGUGGAUUUGCUGCUCAUGUGAAUCCUCCCACAGUGUUUCAUUAGCAGCUGUAACCACAGUGACUCUGAUAAAACAGGAAUUAGCAGAAUCCAUCUGAUAUGAAGCUGUGCUUUGAAUACCACUU